CGCACCACUUGUGUCUAUCAGUGCAAUAAACAACGGCUAGCACACACGGACGCAGAACAAACCCUUCCCCGAACAAUUACCACAAUAAAACAAAAAUAUCGCAAUUAGCUACAUCUCCACCCGAUCCUAAUGAAGGAUCUCCGGCCUGACUGACUAGGAGAUGGGAAUACUUAACAUAAUAGACCAGACUUUGCUGGUCCAGGCUAUAUUUAGCCGAAAUGCAGAGGAAGUGAAGUUUUUGUUGCACAAGAAUGAAGAAGUCAAUGCACUGGACCAAGAACGCCGUACCCCCUUACAUGCUGCUGCGUGUUUGGGCGACGUUCACAUUAUGGACCUCCUCAUUAAUUCAGGUGCUAGUGUUAAUGCAAAGGAUCAAGGCUGGCUGACACCCCUGCAUCGGGCAGCUGCCUCACGGAAUGAAAAGGCUGUGGGGCUGCUUCUGAAGCAGGAUGCGGAGGUCAAUCUGCGAGAUAAGUUUUGGCAGACGCCGUUGCACGUGGCGGCGGCGAACCGGGCCACACGCUGCGCUGAGGCCCUAAUCCCCAAGCUGAGCAGCCUGAACGUAGCAGACCGCUCCGGCAGGACAGCUCUGCACCAUGCAGCACACAGUGGCCACGUGGAGAUGGUGAAUUUGCUCCUCAACAAAGGGGCGAAUUUGAGUGCCAGCGAUAAGAAGGAGAGGCAGCCAAUCCACUGGGCCGCAUACCUCGGGCAUCUGGAGAUCGUGAAGUUACUGGUGUCGCGGAGUGCGGACGCCAUGUGCAGGGACAAGCGAGGUUAUACCCCGCUCCACGCCGCAGCUGCCAGCGGCCAGAUCGAGGUGGUCAAGUACCUGCUGCGGCUGGGGUCAGAGAUUGACGAGCCUAACACUUUUGGGAACACAGCGCUCCACAUGGCGUGCUACACAGGCCAGGAGGCGGUUGCCAACGAGCUGGUGAACCGAGGCGCCAACGUCAACCAACCAAACCAGCGCGGCUGCACGCCGCUGCACCUGGCCGCUGUCUCCACCAACGGGGCGCUUUGCCUCGAGCUGCUAGUUAACAACGGUGCUGAUGUCAACAUGCAGAGUAAAGAAGGGAAGAGUCCUUUGCACAUGGCCGCUAUUCACGGGCGCUUCACUCGCUCCCAAAUCCUUAUCCAAAACGGUGGGGAGAUUGACUGUGUAGAUAAAUAUGGCAAUACUCCUCUUCACGUUGCUGCUAAGCACGGCCACGAGCUGCUGAUCAGCACCCUGAUGACUAAUGGUGCUGACACAGCCAGGCAAGGGAUUAAUGGGAUGUUUCCAUUGCAUUUGGCUGUGCUCUACGGGUUUUCAGACUGUUGUCGCAAGUUACUCUCCUCAGGUCAGCUGUACAGCAUUGUAUCAUCUCUGAGCAACGAGCACGUGCUGUCAGCCGGGUUUGACAUAAACACCCCAGACAGCUCUGGGAGGACCUGCCUGCACGCCGCUGCCUCUGGAGGAAACGUUGAAUGUCUUAACUUGCUGUUGAGCAGUGGUGCCGACUUGAGUAACAAGGACACAUUGGGAAGAGCUCCUUUGCACUACGCUGCGGCGAAUGGGAGCUACCAGUGCACGGUUUCCCUGGUGAGUGCUGGUGCCGAGGUGAACGAGCUGGACCAGAAAGGCUGCAGCCCCCUGCACUAUGCCGCUGCCUCGCAGACCUUCCGCCGAGUGGACAGACAUUACUCAGUUGGACACCAUAGUGAGGAGAGGGCCAAGGAGGCCUUUUUUUGUUUAGAGUAUCUGCUGGAUAAUGGGGCUGACCCAGCUCUGAGGAACACCAAGGGUUACAGCGCAGUCCACUAUGCAGCAGCCCACGGAAACAAGCAGAACCUGGAGCUGCUCUUGGAGAUGUCUUUCAACUGUCUGGGAGAUGUGGAGAGCAGUGUUCCAGUUAGCCCUUUGCACUUAGCCGCGUAUAAUGGUCACUGUGAGGCUUUGGGGGUGUUGUCUGAGACGCUGGUGAGUCUGGAUGUUCGGGAUGCAGGGGGGCACACCGCCCUCUACCUGGCAGCGCAGCGGGGACAUGCUCAGUGCGUGGAGGUACUGCUGUCCCACGGGGCCUCCUGCCACCUCAAGGAGCGCCGCCGCAAGUGGACCCCGCUUCAUGUCGCAGCUUCCAACGGCCAAACAGACUGUCUGCUCAUGCUGGUCAACCGAGGAGAGAAGGCUGACGUCAUCGAUAUCGUCGACAUACAGGGACAGACGGCUCUGAUGCUGGCAGCUCUGGGUAGUCACACUGACUGUGUCCACAUCUUGCUGGAGAAGGGAGCCGGGGCUGACACCGCUGACAAGAGAGGCCGCACUGCUCUACACAGAGCUGCGGCGAUGGGCUGUGAGGACUGUGUGUCGGCCCUGCUCGAGCACGGGGCCUCUGCUCUGUGCAGGGAGUCCCGGGGACGCACACCCCUGCACCUGGCCUCCUCCUGCGGCCACAUGGAGCUCCUGCGCAGCCUGCUGCAGGGUGCCACAAGCACCGACCCCCUGGACUCCUUGUUGGACUACAGCGGAUACACCCCCGCCCACUGGGCAGCCUACCACGGGCACGAGGACUGUUUGGAUGUUUUUCUUGACCACAAACCUUUUAGCAUACAGGAAGGAAACCCCUUCACCCCAUUGCACUGUGCUCUAAUAAAUGGCCAUGAUGGUGCUGCUGAACUACUGGUAGAGACCGUUGGAACUCAGAUGGUGAACAUCAGAGAUGCCAAAGGAAGGACCCCGUUGCACGCAGCUGCCUAUUCAGAGAGUGUGGCCGGGCUGCAGCUGGCCCUGGUUCAGGGGGCAGAGGUCAAUGCGGUGGACACCACCGGACACUCUGCGUUGAUGGUUGCCGCCAACAACGGACAGACUGCAGCCGUCGAGGUCCUGCUGCACCAGGCCAAGGCAGACCUGACCCUGCUGGAUGUCAACGACAACACCGCCCUUCACCUGGCCUGCAGCAAGGCUCAUGAGAUGUGUGCCCUGUUAAUCCUGGGAGAGAUCAGCGACCCCUCCCUCAUCAAUGCAACAAAUGGUGCACUGCAAAUGCCCCUUCAUAUCGCUGCGAGGAAUGGUCUGGCUACGGUGGUGCAGGUGCUGCUCAGCCGGGGGGCAGCCGUGAUGGCUGUUGAUGAGGAGGGCCACACCCCGGCCCUGGCCUGUGCCCCUAACAAGGAUGUGGCGGACUGCCUGGCCCUUAUCCUCUCCACCAUGAAGCCUUUCCCUCCCAAAGACGCCAGCGCCGCCUCCUCCUUUGGCCUCAACCUGCUGAAGUACUGUGGCAUCGCCGCCUGCGGGCCCCUGCCCAACGGCAACCUGCGCCACACCUACGCCAAGGACCGUCAUGGCACCAUCGGCCUGGACGGCUGCUUCACCGAGUGAGAUGAAACCCCCCCCAAACCUGCUCCCCCUCAGACCACCAUACCCUAGGUGCCCCUGUCCCGUUGUAUCUCUAACUAGCCGGAUCGCCCCUCUUUAAUCCACUAUGAUCCGGGUUACAACCCCCCUUUCUAACACACAACAAGAGCAGGAAUAUACUUAGUUUCACGUGUGUGUGUGUUUGGAUGUGUGUGCGUGUGUCUGUCUGUUUGAAGAAAAACGAAAUCCCUAAUGGGUGUUGUCAAACCUAUAUGCAAUUAUUUGCCUCUCUCCUCUGGCAUCAUUUUCAUUGUUUGUCUGUCGUCACUAGCCUGGGCUUAGGUAAGACACCCUCUGUCCAGUGUCCAGGACAGAGCUCGUCACAGAGUCCCUCUAAAUCCUACCAGCAGUGAUGAUUUUUACCCCUUACGAUAUUAUCGUGGAUGUUUUUGUUGAAUUAACAGAUUCACAAGCAUGUGUGACAAGUUACAGAUAGUAUCAUUUUAGUUCUAAAUUAAAUGUAACAUUUUUGGUGAAUUUUUGAUAUUGCACUUCAACAACGAAUAAACUAACCUCGCAAAUCCCAGUGAAAGCGAUGACCUAGUAGAAGGAGAACGGUGCCUCCAACUUCUCCUCUGACUUAAACUGGUGCAAUAUGCAGCAUGUGUGGGUAUUUCCCGUGCUGUGCAUCUCUGAAGAGAGAGAGAGAGAGAGUUGAAAGCUCUGCACAGAAACCCCAUAGAUUUUAAAAUAAGCGGUUACAAGCUGGUGUCUACUCCCCUAGACAUCCGACAACAAGCACUUCCUAAUGGCUAAGGCCAUCUUAGCCCCCCUCUCAAGGAGUCCAUACUAAAGGAAGAAGUUGUGGUUCUUGCCUGAACCCCACUACCGCUUGUCACUGUCGUAGGCGUUUCUGGAUAUUUAAACAAUGUUGUGCCUAUGGAACACUGAGAAUUACUGAGAGAUGACCCCACCCCCUCAUCCCCAACUAGUUUAUGCACUCUGAUCUCCCACCUUAUCCCUGAUUAUUUGAGACUUAAAAAGAGAACAAUUCUAGUGGGACAUUUUUAAAGGAUGAAACUCUGUUUUUUUAAAGAAAGAUGGGUUUAGCACACAUACUGAUUGCGGUAUAAGCUAUUGUUGUAUAAACACUUGUUUACACAAUGUAAACCGACGUCGCAUUUACUUGUGAAUUGUCAGUCAAAUAUGUUUGCACAACAGAGCCAUGAGAAAUACGUGUUUUUAAUAUAGCUGCUAAAAUAUUGCUGCCUUUUCCAUGGAUUGUGUUCACGGUUUCCGUCAAUGCGGAUCUACAUGUAAUGUUUAAUUUGACUCUUUACAUUAUUUGGAAUUGGAAGCAAUAUUCAGUCACAGACAGCCUUCAAACUCUUAUAGCAUUUUUAUUUCCCUGCUGUUUGCUAUAGUGGAAAGGUUCAUGUAAUUUUCCCUUUUUUUAACCUUUUUAUCUAUUCAUGCCAAACAGCCAUACUUGUUUGCUUCUGUCUUCUUUUGCACAUUAGUUGAAUCAAAUUAGUUUUUUGUGUUUCACUUGAUUAAGCUAUUUAUGAAGAUUGUUAGUUAAUUUGAAUGAUGUUCUAAUUAACAUAUGUUCACUUUGUUGUAAUUGUUUUCAUGUGGUUGUAGCGAUUUGAAAAAAUUCAGAUGACAAAAUCUAUCAGUAUUUGAUCUUACUCACACUUCCAUAAACUAAUUGGAAUUCAGGAACAUUUCAAAUCCAUGGUGUACUGUAAUAUUAAGCAUUAUCCUAUUUUGUUAAUGUAUUUUCAAUAUUACAUAAAUGUAGUUUGGCUUAGAUUAGUGAAAUUGUGAAAGUAGUGGUAAUGUACCGGUAUCUUUACUCUUCACAACAUAUGGCUAACACUGAAAACUAAAAUAUCUGCAUUACGUUGCUAUGGUUAUGUAUGGACAGCUACUUUUUUUUAGCUUUUUUAAAUGUAUGAUUAUCAGCGUGACAAUGGCUUUUAUAUAUAAGUAACCGCAUCUCGGAAGUUGUUUAAGAAGUGUCUUAGAGUAUUUUAUUUAUUUGAAUUUCAAAGAAUACCAAAAGUGAUUGAUUUCUUUUACACCCAUUUUCAAGUAUGUGUGCUCCCGUUUCUCUUUUGCAUCAACAAGAACACCAUGUAGGCAUGUCUGGUACCAAUACCUCUAUCGUGUGAUACACUGACAACCUCAUCCACCUUUCUCAGUUGAAUUGUUGUUUUUUUCUCGACAUGCCUCAGUCCUAUCAUCACUUGUGUAACCUAAUGUUACCCCUAGAAUUGUUCUCUUUGAAUGGAAUAUCGAAACCAUUUAGCACAUCUCUUUAGAUGUACAUACUAUUAUUUAUAUAAGAAAAAAACAUUGCAUCAAUUUCUGAAUCAUUUUGCAGACUGAGAUUCAUUGUCAGUUCCUGGUGCAUUCAACCAUAUGGCUGGGAAGGAACUGUUUCAAAAAAGAAUGUAGGAAAAAAAUAGAUAAACAGAGAGAAAAAACAGCUUAUCUGUUCCGUGGCCAGUACUGGUAUUCUACAAGGUAUUUCAUGUCAAAGCGUUUAAGAAAAAAACAAGAUGACGAAGUCUGUCCCUUACAUGUAGGAAUAGCAAAUGCCAAAACCAGUGUCGUCGUUGUUCCUCACAUUUAUACUAAUAUGCUGAAAAAAAUGAUUGUAUUAAGCUACCUGAACUUUUUGUGUUAUUUUACAUAAGCCUUUUUAUAUGAUGUCAGAGAAGGUUUAGUUCAAUGACGUGAGAUCACAUCGAAUAGUAAGCCAUUAAAUAAUGUUCUUAUUAUGUUCACGGGUGACUUGCUAUGUUAGAAUUUUUUGGGUUGGUUGAAAUAUGAACUUCUCACAACUAGGUCCCAUCCAUUGUUUAUCUUAUAUUGUGUGACAUUUCAUUGACCAUAGAUUUGGUUUAGCCUGUGGUUUUGUUAGGCUGGUUUGAUACGACAUUGAAAACAAAAAUCCCCUUUUGGAACACGUUUCAUGUGGGACUGAACACCUAAUUGUUCAAUUAGGGGAUCAAGAAAGCGUAAGUCAAGAAAGCAUAAGUCGAGUGUGUGGAGGUUAGAAGCCUAAAAAGGAUUACAUUCAUGAUAUACCGCCAAGACCCUUUUUUAUGUUUUUAUUUCCUCCCUCCCUAUUUAACCAUUCCGUUUACACUGUGGACAAGGAUUACCCUAGUAUUGUGCUUUUUAGGGCAAUAGAACAAUUGAAAGCAUUUUUCGAUUUUCAGUAAUGCAACAACAAACAACUCUAUUUUCACUCAGUCCUGACCCAAAGCACUUAUUUCAAGAAUAAGCACUUUUGUAUAUUUAAUAUCUCUAUAUGUAUGUGUGUGUUUACAUAGGUUACCUAUGUAGAUAUGAACUUAUAUUUAGGGAAGACAAUACCUUCAAUAGAGAGAUGAGAGUAGAUGAACUGGUGACUGAUCUUCACGAUCAUGUGUGAUGUGUGGGUGCUUGUAUGAGAGACACGGUUUAAUUGGAGGGUUAUGGUUCUCUUUGGGAUCAGCAUAAGGGAGCAGUGAAGAGUUGAGGGACACCCCUUGGUGUGCAAACAUACGCAGCCCAAAAUACAUUUCAAACGGAAAGUAUACUUGUAUACUGCCUUUCAAAAAAAAAAAAAGCAGGGGUUGAAACUCAAGAACAUGUUUGAUUAAGUGCAGAAAUGUAAGAUAUUACGUACAUUUGCAGACGUCUCCACUGAGCCAUAUUAGUCAAUUGCUGAUUUUUUUAUUUUUAUGUAUGUCUAAAUUAAAGCAGGGGUUUUGGUUGUUGAAUAACUGACAUUUUUGCUGCACUGUUUAACUAAGAAAAAAGUAAUAGAAAUGAUGGGGACAAUAAUGAAAAAUGAACUAAAGCAACAUCUUUACUUCUGCCUUCUCCUCGUGCAUCGAUGCAGAAGGAUUGUGUUUUAUCUUGAGCCAUUGAAGGGUAUUAUUGCAUUCAGCGGAUGGGUUAGUCUAUUGCCUAACAAUGUGGUGCAUACAGUGCCUUUAGAAAGUAUUUAUGCCCUUGACUUAUUCCACAUUUUGGUGUUAAAUUUUGAAUUCAGGCUGUAUUAAAUAUUACUUUUUUCUCACCAAUCUACACACAAUGCCCCAUAAUGACAAAGUGAAAACAUUUUUAUUGACAUUUUUGCAAAUGUAUUGAAAAUAAAAUGCAGAAAUACCUAAUUUGCUUAAGUAUUCACAUACCUGACUCAAUACUUUGUUUGAAGCACCUUUGGCAGCGAUUACAGCUGUGAGCCUCGAAGAGCUUUGCACACCGAGAUUGUGCAAAAUUUGCCCAUUUUUAAUAUUUUCUAAAAUUCUUAAAGCUCUUUCAAAUUGGUUGUUGAUCAUUGCUAGACAACAAUUUUCACGUCUUGCCAUAGAUUUUCAAGCCGAAUCAAGUCAACUGUAACACUCAGGAAAACUCACUGUAUUCCUGGUAAACAACUCCAGUGUGGAUUUGGCCUUGUGUUUUAAGUAAUUGUCCUGCUGAAAAGUGAAUUAAUCUCCCAGUGUCUGGUGGAAAGCAGAUGGAACCAGGUUUUGCUCUAGGAUUUUGUCUGUGCUUUGCUCCAAUCCAUUUAUUGUGUUUAUCCUGAAACUCUCCAGUCCUUUUUUUAACCCAUAUUUUAUUAGGUAAGUUGACUGAGAACACAUUCUCAUUUACAGCAAUGACCUGGGGAAUAGUUACAGGGGAGAGGAAUGAGCCAAUUGUAAGCUGUGGCUGAUUAGAGGGCCAUGAUGAUAUAAAGGCCAGAUUGGGAAUUUAGCUAGGACACCAGGGUUAAUACCCCUACUCUUACGAUAAGUGCCAUGGGAUCUUUAGUGACAACAGAGAGUCACGUCCCAUCCGAAAUACGGCACCCUACACAGCGCAAUGUCCCCAAUCACUGCCCUGGGGCAUUGGGAUAUUUUAUUUAGAUCAGAGGAAAGGAUGCCUCCUACUGGCCUUCCAACACCAUUUCCAGCAGCAUCUGGUCUCUCUACCAGGACCAACCCUGCUUAGCUUCAGAAGCAAGCCAGCAGUGAGAUGCAGGGUGUUAUGCUGCUGGCUUACAAGCAUACCCAUAACAUGAUGCAGCCACCACUAUGCUUGGAAAUAUGGAGAGUGGUAUUCAAUAAUGUGUUGUGUGAGAUUUGCCCCAAACAUGGCACUUUGUAUUCAGGACAAAAUGUGAUUCUUUUUUUUUUUGCUUUCUGAAGGCACUGCCUUAUGUCUCAGUACAAACCUCACUCCAAUAUAAUCAUUGUGACUCUUGUAAUCACGGGAUUAUUUUAUUUCCUCAAGUUUUAUUUUGUCAACAGUUGGCACAGGAGCUAUCACUCCUGUUAAUCAUGUACUCGCCAUUUUUUCUAUCUAGAUUGCCUUACGAUACCUCUCAAAUUAUGAAUCGUUGUUUUGUUACUCCAUUUUUUUUCUGAUUUGCAUUUGGGAAUGUGUCCCUUUUUGUCUUACAUCAAUACCAUAUCAAAACAGUCGUCCUUAAAAACACCCCAUGCUGUUACCUAGACCCACAAGUGCCGUAGAAAUCCCUGUUUGUCUGCCUAUGGAAAAAGGAAGUGUCUAUGGAGAUUAAAAAAGUAAAGGUCAAGUUUGACAAAUGACAAUAAUACCUUACAAUGGCUGAAAUUGCAAAAAUUGACAACUUUCUCAAAGUGCUUCAGAUUGUAGGAAUAAGUGAUAUGGGAGCUUUGGGCAAGGGGAGGAGUGAAAUGCAUAGCAUUAGGUAAUUGUAAUUUGCAUGAUGCAAGACUGAUCAAGUCAAUUUUAUUUGAGCGUGAUCGAAAACAAUAUGGCAGAGUGGCUAGUAGGGUAGAAGACGGUAAAAUUGCACAAAAGUAGUUGAGUCAGAAUACUGUAAACUGAGUUACAUGUUAUGUUGGGGGAAUAACUAUUGAAAGGAAGCAUAUUCAACAUCUUUGUUUCCUUCCAUUUUUCUUUUGAGAGAAAUUCAGGGUACUUAUUGAUUUUGGGCAACUUGUAAAAUGUUGCCAUCAGAUAUGUGAGUGGAAAGAAAGACUAAGUAGGGUCAUGUUGAAAUUGGAGAAUAGGAAAUACUUUAUUACUUUUGACACUAUUGUCCUUCAAGUGAGAAAGCAUUCAUCUGAGAACGAACACUUAUGUCAUGCUGAUUUUAAAUAACCUCCUAAAUUAGGUGUGGAAGGGAUAAAGUUAGAAACAAAGAGGCUGUCGGUUUAUUUUGGUUAUGCCAGUGAUCCCCAUGGUGAUGCUGUCCAUAGCGUAUUCCUCUGGGAUAUCUGCCAAUGACUGUACCUCGAGGACAUCGGUGUCCUUCAUUACUUGAAAACUCAUUGGAUGAAGGCAAUAGCUAGGCAGUUACCAUUGUGUUUUUCUUUUAUUUCCAUUUAAAAUAUUAUUUUGAAUCAUGAGUACACAAACGUUUUCUCUUCUCCAAGCAUAAUUAAACUGCUGAAUUAGAUAUUUAUUUGUCAUCGGUGUACUGUUAUCAAAGAAUUCUUCAAAAUGGCUACAAUUCACAAAAAAAGUGAAUAAAUUAACAUGUAAGAUGCAGUAAGUUAUAUUUAAGUGGAUUUUAACAAGAAGUUAAGUAAUCUCAUGUUAUAGUCCGUUAUAAAUUUACAUUUGAUCACCAAAACAAACACCUCUUGAUAUGGAUGGAAUUAUGUCUUAAGUAUAGAUCCAUGAGUGAAGCUCAAUAUUAAAAGGAUACUUCGGGGUUUUGGCAAUGAGGCCCAAUGAGACCCAUAGAUUUCCAGUCAUUGCGCUAACGCUAGUUAGCAACUUCCUUCAAACUGUACGCAGACACAUAAAAUGGUAUCCACGAGUUCUUCUGACUGGAGAAGUAGAUAAAGGGCCUCAAAUCCCGAAGUAUCCCUUUAAGUUCUUCCAUGAUUCUAACUGCUGCAUGUCUGUCCUAUGUCUAUGUACACAACAUAUUUAUUUGAGAUGUUCAGAUUCUUUGAUUGUAUAUUAUGUUUAUGCUUUCAUUGUUAAUUUGUCAUUGUUGUACAACUACACUAGGUGGAAAAGAUUUCCAUGCUUAUUCAAUCAUAACUUCCAAAUGCUUGUUAAAAUGGAACAAAACUGUUGGUCCCACUUCAAAAAUAAGGUCUUGAAAUGUAGCAGUAAGAAGUGUAAUUUUGCAGAAUUUGGCACGUGUCUAACAUUAUUAUUGAGAGACAAUUGACAUUUGUUCCAUUUUCAUGUGGGAUUGCCCAUACCCCUGUAUAUCGCUGCACAUAUACUUUAGGUCAUGGAGAAAAUAAAUAAAAACAAACACAAUAAACUGGUUAUAGAAUUUAACAAUUAUAUAUUGACUCCAGACUUCUGGCCUUUUCUUUUUACAGAGACACAUUUUUUUGUUAGCACGCAUGUAGCUAGUGCUCUUUUCUGCAUUAUAGUCCUCAUAGGUGGUGUGGCCUGUUGUACUGUCCAAAGUUUGUUUGGUCCUGAAUUAACUAGAGGGAACUGGUUGAAUACGUUUGUCUCUCUUGUGCCUCUGUAGUUAAGGCUUAGCAACAUAUACCUAUGAUCAAAACAAAGCAUACUGAUCCUUGGAUUCACUUUAUUCAACCCAGUAGUUGGCUGCUUUGAAAAACUUCAGGGACAAAAUGUCGACACACCAAUUGCUUUUAUUUUGUCCGUUUUCUCUUCCUCUUUAAGGGCAGUUACUGAGUUGACCUCUCACUCCAAAAAUACUAUCUAAGAGUAACGUUACUCUUUAAAGGGAUGCAAUGUUUUUGUCUUAGUGGAGAGUAAUGUCGACACUUUCUAUUGUGUGACUUCAUGUAUUACUUGAUUAGCCAUAAUCAGACAUCGAACAGCUUACCUCAAGAUGUUAUAUCUCGCAAUGAUUUUUAUCCAAGCCAGUGCAUUUUGUUAAUGUAUUGAACCUCAUUGGAGAGUAAAUGUUAUCUGAUACAUAUUAUGCAACAUGAAAACAUUUUACUUUUUUCUCUUUGUUUUGAUGGUUCCUUCAUGACUUGACUGCUUCUUGACAACUACCCAUAGGAUGGACAAUGCAAAUAGGUGAAUAAGGAUAUUAAAUCAUGAUAUUUCCAUUAAAGGAAUGCCUUAGUAGGCAAAAGAGAGAUGUCUCAGAACGGAACUGGUUUUAGAUCCAUCAUAAAGUACCUUAUUUAUGAGAGUUGUGUGCAUUCUUAUACUGUAUGUCACAUGGCUGCUCAAAAUUAUGGGGUUGGAAUCUAUUUUGAUGUCGUAGAAAAUUGAAGAUGGUUAAAGAAUAUUAUUUGAACUUGUAAACGGCAAAACUCAGAUCCUCUAUUACUGUCAAUACAAUCCUGACUGACACUUUGUCCUGAUACAAACAGGUAUACUAAACUGUGUCAUUAGAAAACAAUUGAGCAAAUAGUGAAGUCUGAUUUUUAUAUUUUAUGCAUCACGAAAUUGGUCUUCCAUUCAUGCCAACUGAAAGCCUUAUUGUUGAUAAAAGUUGAGGUCGCACAACUACUCACAAUCACAUACGGGGUGAAGUUAGUGAGCCAUUGUUCAUUCAUAAUACAAAACAUGAUGCUAUGCUAUAGUGCUUCCCAAUCUCAUCAUCCAUGUGGUCCACUGUGGCUUGAAUCCUGGAGAAAUUGUUAAUUGGCUGGAUACAUUUUUCAAAGCACAAAUCCAAAGAAACACUCGUGCUGUUGUCAUAAAUCCAAACACCUGGAUGUACAACUUGACUAGUUUAUUUAGCUCUUGUUUGAUUCUUGCCUUAGUCUUGCUUGGCUUGCCAUAUUUUUCAAUGAACAGCCUUUCUUAAGGGACCUGAAAAACCACACAGUGAAAUAGUUUUGGAUCACUGUGGUGAUAAUACUGAAGUUGUAGUGUGAAUUCAUAACAAAAGCAAUAUUGGCAAGUGCACUUUGUUGGAUGUUCUAAGCACAUCACUAAAAAUGCACUGCAGACAGUAGUGUGUAGAGAUAGUUGAUUUACUUACUCAACUAAAUGGUAUUGAAAUCAACAUGGUGAAUUAUUAUAAAGCUGAGAGAGAGAGAUUUAAUAUUUGACAUUUGUAGUACCAUUUUAGCAGUGUAUAUGUUGAUUUGAUCGGGAUGUAGUUUUAGUUGGUGUCUGUACAACCCCUUCUAACCGUAUUUGAAGGCAAAAAAUAACACACUUAAGAUAAUCAAGACUUAAAAGUUGUAGCUUAAACAUUUUAAUAGCUAGUUUGUAUGCAACCCCUUUAUUUGGGCAUCUAUGUUUGUGUUUUAUAGAAAUUGUUCUCUGUAUUGCGAUAUGUUCUAAGUAUAAUAUAUGUCAUCUUCAAGGUAACAUCAAGGCACUGGGUUUGGUUUGAGUUGGUGGUAGAAGAUUGUAUUUUGUGGACAAGAAAUACAAUGGAUUGCUAUGCCAUAGAACUUAAGGAUGUAGUGAUUACUUUUAUAGUACAGUGAGUAGGCAUAGAGUUCUGUGUUUGUGUGAUGAUUUGGGCAGUUAGAUGUCAUGUCUUCAUUAGUGAGUAUGAUGUCAAGAAUGUGAGUGUGAGAUGGCAAUAUGAACUGCUAUCAGCAAAAGGGCAAAGAAAAAGUGUGUCUUUGUUGAUGGCUAUUGUACUACUUUACACACUUUCCUGGUUUACAAAUACCGUAAAGAAUAUUGUUAUUUUGUUUCUAAUUGGUAACACGAAGUACAUUCCCUUUGAAACACAAGUGAUGUUUGUAAGAUUCUGGUGCUAUGGUCUAAUAGUUUUUGGUUCGAGUCCAUAAAUGUGAUUAUUUUAAUUUGAGCAUAUUUGAAGAUUAUAAUAUGUAAGGUUAGACCGACUGGUUUCUGGUACAGUAUCCUACGUAGUAUGUGUGGUAGCCUAAUAUGCAUUAACUGACCCUUUGAAUAAAAUGUAAAACUCUAGUGUAAUUGAAAGCUUGAGGUUGGUGGUUGGCCGUGUCCUUUGCCUUAGCAGCCCUCCUUUUUUAUUUUGGUUCUGGAUAUAUUAAGCUCUUAUUCAGGAGGGCAGAGGCAUCUUGUUUUGAUUCAGUCAUUGGACAUUGCUUUGUAUGAUGUGGGGAUUUGUUUACUCCAUAGACCAGCCAGGCAAAAUAUAACAGGCCAUGUCUACGGGCUAUGACCUUGAAUUAUUAUGUGCUUUGAUUGGCUCCACAUUGCUUCUGCUAGAAUUUCAUUGGCUCCUUGUUUCGCUGCAAUUCUUUUCACCAUCUCGGAAGUUGCGGGUUAAAGUUAUGAAUUGGUCAAGAAUUUCAUGUCAGGGACAAGUGGUUAAAAAAAAUUGCAUAUCUGGUUGUGGUCCUUAGAAUGGAUAGGAUAUGCCAAGCCAAUGUUUAGGACAGCAUGUUAACCUCUCAUGUGACUUCAGUGUGAACUGUAGGUGAUCAUGAAAGUGUUUAUUGUGCUUCAUUUAGGCCUAAUUAUAAAUUCAGGUGGUGCAAUGUGAGCAAGUGAAAAUGCAUAAAAUGCUUUUUCAGGCCUUUUAUCAACUUUUCACUCUUCUCUUGCACCUUAGGCUCUGUUUUGAAGUCAAUUACGGCUACUGCUGCCUGGUGGAGAGUUUGAGCAUGCCUGCAUUCAGUAUUGUAUAUUUUCUAGAGCCUUCAGUUGCUUACAGCAACAACAACAAAUCUUAUAUAGGUUUUACUAGCAUGACAUUGUGCGAUAUUAAAAUCAUAUUACCUCAGAAAAUAUAUCAAUUACAAUUAAGUUAUUGAAAUAGGGUAAAACGGUCUCAUCCAAAACGAGACCAAAACGGUCUCAUCCAAAAUGGAAUCUCAUUGGCAAGAUACAAAGCCCAUGCUAUUAUGAAAGUAAAGAUUACUUUUGCUACUAAUGUAAUUGCUAUGAUCAUGUUUUGCCUACCUCCUUGAUGCACAACUCAUCUUUGUCUUCUUAGCUCAUAACCACCUAUACUUGUGUCUCAAAAAUAUGAACGCAUAUUAAUCACUUUUAAUCUAAAAGACAAAUCAAAUGUGAUUUUGUGUGUGUGUACGAGCAUGUAAAAUGAAAGGAAAAAUAAUAUAUCACAACAGCCACUGGAAUGUGAAGCCAAACUGUAUUAUGAUCAGAAUGAAAUCUCUUUAAGGUCUGUUGUAGCAUACACGUGAACCUCGUCUGUGGUACAUGUUUGCUAUCCUUCAGAUACUUGUCGCAACAAGGUACUUUAUGAUUGCUUUUAUUUAACCCCCUGAAAGUAUCCUUUAACCACCAGUAAUCAUCCGGGUUUUUACUGUACGUUUGUAAGUUGAGCCAUAUGUCUAAACAUCAAGUUUACAGUUGUAACUGUGUGAAACUACGAGAGAUUGGGAGAAUGUGUGUGCAUCUAACUUCAUUACAAAAGCAACAAAUAACUAAGGCUCUUACUGAAGUCUGAUUUAUGAAUGUGGUGUUUACGUGUGAAGGUAAAUGUUAUCGUUUCCAGCCUUAAGCAUUCAAAAUAAAAUAAAUGAAUCAUUUGUCAUACCCCACCCCAGACCUUUGAGAUUUUGACUGAAGCAGAGGAAUGUGCGAUGCAGCAUUAGGGGUUAAGAGAUGCCCUAAAAGAGACAUACAACCCCCCCCCCCUCCCUCCCACCCCUGAACAAAUAUCCAACUGUCAUGAUAAUGCAAUCCUUGAAAGCACUUUGCCUUGGUAUAUCAUUAAGUGUGCUAGUGAAUGGUUAUUUGUUACAACAUUUUUACAUGCAUAAUGAUUUGAGUGAAUCAAACAACGUAAUCUGCAUUGACCUUUGACAUUACAGGAGAAACUUAACAAACCAAGGCAUUGAAACCUUAUCAAUUUUAUACAAUGUAUGCCGCAGCCUAUGAGUCUUGUCAUUUAGUGUUGUGGCUUAGGAUUGGUUGUUUAAAUAAAGUGCUAUUGCUUAAUA